UUCAAAUCUUAGUUGGUAUAAUUAGUCUACAAUGAACUUCAUCAGCAUAACACUUUUAGUUGUUUUCGCAAUAUCGGUUGUUGUUGCUCAUGAGUACAAAGAAGUUCAACUUGAACCUAAUGGCAAGCCAUUUCCUGGUCUAAAAAGAGGAUCUCGAAGUGAAGUUAUACCUAGCGCAGGUUCUAAUAUUGAAGGCCGUAUAGUUCACGGACAAUAUGCCUCGGCAGAACAGUUCCCAUAUCAUGUUGGUGUGAUGUCUGGAUACGGAAGUAAUUCUUAUAGCUGGUGUGGAGGAACCCUUAUUGGAAAUGAAUGGAUAAUUACCGCAGCUCAUUGUACUUCUGGAGCUCAAACAAUCGAAGUAAGAUUGGGAAGUAUUAACAGUGAAACACCCCUAAGAAUUUCUUGGGGAUAUCAAAAUCACAUUCACCGUGACUAUGCUACACAACAUGGUGAUAUAGCAUUGGUUAAGAUCCAAUGGGUUGAUUUUAAUGUUAACAUGGCACCAGCAGCUUUGCCACCUUUAAAUGGUCAACACUCGCUCUAUGUAAAUGACAAUGUUGUUGCUACAGGAUGGGGAGCUACCGAUAAUAAUGGCGGUAAAGGAAAUCAUCUUAAAUACAUUGUGACGAAAGUUAUAGAACCUCAAGAAUGUGCAAAUGUUUAUGGAUCUUUUGCUGGGGACCCUCAAAUAAUUUGCACCCGAACACAGGGCGGAACAUGUUCUGGUGACUCGGGAGGUCCAUUGGUUUUAGAAAACACUCGACUAUUGGUAGGUGUUACUACAUUUGUGGCAGCUGGCGCUUGUGGUGCAGGUUUUCCCGAUGGGUUUUCAAGGGUAACUUAUUAUUUGGGUUGGAUUAAGGAUAUUUCUGGCAUAUCUUGGUAAAAAGAACUUGAAAAUAACAUGUAUUGACAAAUAUAAAACAAAUAAAUAAUAAUUUUUGGCAAUGAAAAUAGAUGUUUAAUUUUUGUUCACUAUGAACUCUUAUCAUUUAAUUAAAACACGUUUCCAGUCUUGGAUCCGAAGAUAUCUGAUUCCGAAUUUAUAAGAAAUACAAAAAAAAUAUUUCAAAAUGCAUUUUUUUAGCAAGGAGUUAACCUUGGUUUUUUUUUCGAAAAUCAAAAAAAAAAUAUCUGCUCAGGACAUGGGUUCGAAAAUAUCUGCUCCGAAUAAGAAAUAAAAACCUUUGAAUUUCAAAUAACUCUGCGACUAGACCUUAAAGAAACUUUUUGCAUUCAUUCAUUAAUAGAGCUUGAAAA